UCAGGACACGCUUGAGGUUGCUCGAGCGCACAAGUCAUUCUUCCUCUCAUUAAUAUAUUUGUGCUCAGUCCGCGACGGGGCUUUUAUAUUGCUCAUAACGCGUCUUGCAUUGCUCAGUACUCCUUGGUCCACUGUCGUGAUAUCAAAACACUUUCUUUUGGAUCGCAGCGAUGUCAGACAAACGGAGAGCAGAGAUUGAAGCUAAACGCGCUAAGCUUGCAGAACUCAGAAAAGCAAGGGCAGACCGGCAACGGGCAGAAACUGAGAGACGGCAGACUGAGGCUGGUCCUUCCAGUGGAGCUCGACGCGAUGUCGACGAGCUUGUCAACCAACUUGUUGGGAGCCGUAGUGGACUAGAUACCGGCGGGGAGGUUACACCUUCAUCAUCCCUCCCAAAUACCCCGCCUCGACCAACUGCGAGUCUACUUUACGGGUCAGCGCUUUCACCGUCGGGCAGGGCGAGCAGGCAGAGUGAUGUUGGUAGUGAUAGAGUUAGCAUGGGCACGACAAUGGUGGGGAUGACGGAUCAUGUCGAGAGAGUGUUGACAGCACGGUUCAUACCAGAUCUUAUAGACGUGGAGCAGGAACUGUUCGAGCUACCACAACGCGAACGCGUCAUCUACAAUAAAGAAGUCCAAACGACCGCCAUCGAAACAGAGACACCCUAUGUAUCUGAAGAGGAUAUUCGACAACAGAUAUUGCGCGAGCGGGAGUUGGAGGCGGAGCGUAUUGCGCAUGACAAGGAGCUCGAGGAGGAGAGUGUACAACUCGAGAAGGAGAUUGAGCAGGAGAUUCGCGAGCUUACCGAAGAGGAACGCGCGCAUAUACUCAGUGCACCCGAAUUCCUUGACUUCGUGGAGCAAUCAUCGAAGAUACUACAGCGAGCAUUGAACGAUGGUUAUGACUACAUUCGUGAUUAUACUGUUGGCACUGAGGCAAAUGGGGAUGACUCGGAAGGGAAGCGCGUCAAGCGUAUUUGUGCUUUCUAUGAUGAACGCUACGGGAAAAAUCGGUCGAUUACAGAUGUUGAUUGGUCGCCAAAGUAUCCGGAGUUGAGUGUAGCAUCGUACAACAAGAAUCCCGCUGCGUUGAAUGAGCCCGAUGGGAUUGUUGCAGUAUGGAACCUCCAUCUACUUGACAGACCAGAGUUUGUCUUCCACUCUCAGUCCGAUGUCCUCUCCGUUACAUUCUCUCCAUUCCACUCAAACUUGGUGUUUGGUGGCACAUACUCAGGACAGAUUCUACUAUGGGACACACGAUCGAAACAUCUACCUGUACUCAAAACGCCCCUCUCAGCUGCUGGACAUACACACCCAGUGUAUGCAAUGCAAAUGGUCGGCACCCAGAAUGCACACAAUUUGAUCACCAGCAGCACAGAUGGCACCGUGUGCAGCUGGCUUGUUGACAUGCUCGCCCAACCGCAAGAAACCCUCGAGCUCAUUCAUGCAGGCCACAGCAAGACGGGUGAGGUCGCCAUCACAACUCUGGACUUCCCCGACAACGAAACUACCACAUUUUGGGUCGGCACCGAAGAAGGCAAUGUAUAUCAGGCCAAUCGGUACGAUCGCGCGGGCGCAAAGGCCGGAUUAAAUCAGUAUGAUAUCUACAAGGGGCACGCGGGGCCGGUCAUGGGGUUGCAUUUCCAUCCCCUUGUAGGACCGGUGGACUUCUCAGAUCUGUUUCUGACAGCGAGUGUGGAUUGGACGGUCAAGCUUUGGCGUGCAAAGUCACUCGCAAAACCGUCGACUGCUGCACAUGCCAUUGCUCCUAUCUACUCAUUCGACGAGGCAGACGACUAUGUCUACGAUGUGAAGUGGCAUCCAGCGCAUCCUGCAGUGUUCGGAACGGCAGAUGGCUCAGGGAGAUUUGAUCUUUGGAAUUUAAAUACGGACACGGAAGUACCGGUUGUCUCCACGAACGUCGGCUCCGGAAGAGCUAUCAACAAGUUACAAUGGGACAGAAAGGACGGACGGCGCGCCGCACUCGGAGGGAGCGACGGGAAGCUGUAUGUCUACGAUAUUGGCGACAUGGCGCUUCCACGUGAAUCUGAGUGGACGGAUCUCCAGAAGACAGUUGCGGGCUUUAUUGGGGGUGCACAGGCGAACGGAGUGGCAGACGGAGACGCGACGCGGAUCGUUGCAGGGAGAUGAACAUGUUUUUCAAUGUUCCGUGGUUGUUCCGUGCCAUGUCAUGGGAUCAAUGGCGAUCUCCUCGAGUGUCGUAAGGGGAUGUUCUGUUUCGCUCGCAUUGAUCUUCUGUAUGCUAUUUGCAUCUUUCCCAUGACACUUUAGUCUUCAUGGGAACUGGGAGGACUAUAGACUAUGAUGAAUGCGAGGAUGAUAAGUUAUAUGUAAGUUUUUGACGCUGUGACUUCAAGAUGGCCUGUGAUAUCCACGCUUGGCCAACGGCGUUCCACUGGCUUUUUGGGCAGGAAAGAUGGAAUUAGAGUGGGUUACACGGAUUUGUUACAGGAGUGAUACGACAUCCGGGGAAUUUUUC